GUACAAACAUAAUUUAAUGAAUACACAUUAUAUCGUUUUUAUAUUCAUAAGACAUAUACUUUACGAACGAACAGAAACCACAAAACCACAAUAUCAAUAAAAUAUUCUAACAAAGCUGUGUUUUAUUGGACAGCUAUCAACUUUAACAUUAUUGGUCUGCCUAUAGCUACCUUUUCUUUGACGUUCGACCUUACGCAACAGAGUAUAUAUAUGGAUUAAACACUUAACAUCAGUCAUAAUCAUUCAGAGCUUGAAGUGUUCAGUUAUAUUGGAUUUAAUAGCCGUGCUAUAUAUUGGAAUACGUAUUUAAAGAAAUGGAAACUUUUGAAUACGAUGCCUUUGUGAUAUACAAUCCACACGGAGAGGACCAGGGGUUUGUCAAUCUAAUGACUCGCGUUCUCUCUUCGCCUCCCUAUAACCUCAGACUCUAUGUACCAUGGACAGAUAAUGUUGAUGAUACCUUUGAAGCUGUGGCUACUGCUGAAAAUAUAGAGAAAAGAUGCAAGAAAGUGUUGGUGGUUAUCUCAACAGCUUCUGUUGAAAGUGAUUUAUUCCAUUUCCAACUGAGAAUUGCCCAUGCAAUGUCGCCAAGUGCCAGAGCGAGGAAAAUCAUACCUAUUCGACUUGAUGCCACAGAAGUUCCAGAUAUGAUCAGAUUCACCACUCCUUGUGAUUAUUACAAGAAAGACCUGCGUGUAUUUAUAUGGGAUAGAAUUUUCGCCUCCUUCAAGGAUAAUUCAAGUCUGCAGAAACGCCAGCUCACCAAAGCUCUUUCAAUUCCCCCAGAAAAAAGAAAAUUACCAGACGUGGUGCCCAACUCACCUUUAAGGCGUGUGAAAUCUUGGUGGAGGUUGAGAGCCACAGUAGCUUAAGUAUUAUCUAGGUCGUAUAAUAAACGGAUUGCUUAUACACUCUUUGAAAAAUAGUAGUGGAAGUCCCCAUUUCGAAAUUGUUUGAUGAGAGCUUGUCAUCCAUCUUUCAGGAGCUUUAUGGACCUUAUGGAGCACAUGCUUUGAUAUCCUCUUUCGCACAUGCAAAAGAAUUGAAUUCUUAACUCUGUAGGAAAUCCAAGAUUUUAAUCCCACGAUAUCACCGACCUUACUUGUGGUAUACAGUGAUAAUAGAUUAUAAGUAUGUAUGUCUUACGGACAAUGUUCUUUUAGUACUAUUCCAUUUGUGAACUGGCUUUUCAUGGACUGCUAUUGCAAGAAAUCAACGUAGAGGAGCCAAAGCUUUUGGUGUUUUACUGUGAAAUCCAUUAAUAUGACAUUAUUAUUAUUUUUUUUUUACUUUUCAAAAUUGAAACAUUUGUUGAAAAUAUUGCCAAGUUAAUAAAGAUACUUUAUAUA